GAAAAAGAAGACGAAGAAAAAGAAAAAGAAGAUGAACAAUAACAACAACAACAACAAUAUCAACAACAACACCAACAAAGCUGAGAACAACAACAACAACAACAAUCUGCUUUAGGCAUAGCAGUUUCUGGGCGUGGUUUAUGAAUUAUUCAUUAAUGCGUAAGGUGGGCGGGGUUUGUGUAUCCGGAAGUGAAAUGUUGGCGUUACGCUAUUCCCCUACACCCGUAUUCUGACGAAUCCCGGCUACUGCGUUUAGGAUCAGUUAGGAGCAUUCCGCCUACGAUGCGAUGCUUGGGUAACAGCUGAUUGGCUGAUACAGAGCAACUGGUCAGCUGACAGGUUGCGUAAACGACCAAUCCUAGAGAAGGAGGCAGGAUUUCACGGAAUACGGGUUGACUAAAAAAAAAGAACGCGCUGACGUUGAGUCACCUCUGACCAGUACACCCAGCAUAACCGUUAGAUAGCUAACAACAAACUGAAAUGACACCGGAUAUUUCCGACUGAUUAAAUGCGUUUUCCCAGUUACCAUUUCAGCUUAAACCUCGGAUAUAUAUUGUGUCAGAAGACCGUGUUGCCAAAAUGAUGGAAGAAAUGGACAGAUUUCAGGUCCCACCAGUGAACUCGGAGAUGCAGCCGCUGGAUCCAGCAGCGACAUCCACGUUAGAGGCUGACUCUGAAACUAGAGAGGCCGAGUCCGUGCCCAUCAACUACAAGCCCUCUCCGCUGCAAGUGAAGAUCGAGAAACAGAGAGAGUUGGCCAGGAAGGGCUCGGCGAAGAACGGAACGGUGGGCAGCCCAGUCAAUCAGCAGCCCAAGAAAAACAAUGUUAUGGCUAGAACACGGUUGGUCGUUCCUAAUAAAGGUUACUCGUCUUUAGACCAGAGUCCUGACGAGAAGCCCCUGGUAGCACUGGAUACAGACAGCGAUGAUGAUUUCGACAUGUCUAGAUACUCGUCGUCAGGAUACUCCUCCGCCGAGGUGAGAUCUAUGAGGGACCAGCAAAUCAAUCAAGACCUGAACAUCCAGCUCCUGAAAGACGGCUACCGUCUGGAUGAAAUCCCGGAUGACGAAGAUCUCGAUCUGAUUCCUCCUAAAUCAGUCAACCCUACAUGCAUGUGCUGCCAGGCGACCUCUUCUUCAGCCUGUCAGAUCCAGUAACCCUGUCUUCAUCAUCCCCUCUUUCCCAGACCCCCUGUACUGUGAGUUUAACUCACCGCUCGACUUUAAUCCUCGAGUAAUUACUAAAAUAAUUAAAACGGUUAUCCUACAACUAAUAUAGGGGGAAAAAUAUCAGAAGGAAAUGCAGAAAUAAUGAUAAGUCAUUGGUUCCUCCUAUGGUAGGACAUAGUGUUGGUAUCAUCACCAGAGGGCGUUAGAUUUAGUUAGGUAAGUGUAUUGUAUGUACUGUAUAUGAUGCGUUGACAUGAAAAUGAAUGCAUUUAAAAGGCAGAAAGGAGUAACAUGAUUAUUUGUAAACAUUUCACACAAAGUUAUUCUGUAAAAUCUAAAAAAAGCCUCUGUUACAGCUUUUUGUUUCUGUUUUUGCUUGUCUUGAUGCACAAUGGUGUUCAGAUAUUGGUACAGUUGCGUGAAAAUAUAAGUACGACCCAUGGAAAUUGUUGGCUUUUUAUUUUGACAUGUUUGGACAAGCAAACAUUUGAUCAUUUUUGAAACAGUGCCUAUUAAUAAAGUUGAACUAGGAAAAUGAGCUUUUUCAAUCAUUUAUUCAACAGAAAUAUCAAUAGAUGUGAUAUUCUUCUGUGGAUAAAGUAAGUACACCCUUGGCCUCAGAAGCCAGUACUGCCCCUGUUAGCAGAAAUAACUAAUGUCAAUGUACAGGUGUUGUAACUUCUUGUAGGCGUUUUGCAUAAUUGUCCACCAGUCUCUGACAUCGGCUUGCUGGAAUUUUUGACCACUCUUCCAUGUAAUAUUCUUUCAGUUGCAAGAUGUUUGAGGGUUUUCCUGCACGUUCUGCCCAUUUCAAAUCCCCCUGCAACAUUUCAAUGGGAUUCAAAUCUAGGCUUUGAGUAGGCCAUUCCGUAACCCUCCAUUUCGUCUUUUUGAGCCGUUCCUUGGUGGAUUUGCUCGUGUGCUUUGGAUCAUUAUUCUGUUGAAAGGUCCACUUUUGGUUCAACUUCAACUUUCGGACUCACAUAAUCUUCAAGCACUCUUUGAUAUGAUGCAGAAUUCAUAGUUGAAUAAAUUAAUGCAAGCUGUCCAUUCCCUGAGGCAGCAAAGCAACCCCAAACCAUAACAUUUCCACCACCGUGCUUCACAGUUUGUAUGAGGUGCUUCUCCUGAAAAGCUGUCUUUGGUCUGCGCCAAACAUGUCUGCUGUUACUGUGGCCAAUCAACUCUACCUUUGAUUCUUCUGUCCAGAGUACAUUAUUCCAAAAGGCCUGGUCUUUACCUAUAUGCUCAUUGGCAAACCGUGUUCUUGCAAAGGCUUAUUCAUGGCAUGUCUUCCAUGCAGGUAAAAUUUGUGCAUUUUCUUUCUAAUGGUAGACGCAUGCACUUUGACACCAACAGUUGCAAGACUCAUUAGCAGAUCCUGUGAUGAAAUUUUUGGGGAUCGUGGAGACUUCUUUUUGCAUCAGAUGCUCUGCUCUUGGGCUGAAUUAGCCGAGACGGCCAGUCCUGUACAAAUUGCCAGUCGUUUGAAUUCUGAGCCAUUUGUAGAUUAUUUUCCUUACAGUAUUUCAAAUCAUUUGGAGAUCUUUUUAAAAACCCUUGCCAGACUCUUAGGCAUCCACAGCCUUUUUUCUGAAAGCUUUAUAGAACUAUUUAGAUCUUGGCAUGAUGACACCACACACCUCAAUAGCUAAGAGAACACCAGACACUAGAUAUGAGAGGGGUUCCACCUGCACUGCUUAAGCAGGUUCUAAUCACUGGCAUCUUGAACACCUGAUUCUAAUUUUAUGGAUUUGAAGGUCUGAUAAAUGUAGGGGUGUACUUACUUUUUCCAUGUGACUGAUCUGUUUUUUAGUUCAUUUAAAUUGUGAAAAUUACUACAAAAUGUCAAUUUUAUGUCAUUUGAUAGACUGUAUGAACUUUAUUAAUAGACACCGUUUCAAAGAGGAUCAUAUGUUUGCUUGUCCAAAUAUGUAAAAAAAACAAAAAAAAAAGCCAACAAUUUCCAUGGGGUGUACUUAUUUUUCCACAUGACUGUAUGUGAGGAACAAAAUGCUGUUCUCUGUCUUAGGUAAAUUUAUUUACGAUCCGUUCAUUCGUAUCCCAAAUUGCACUAACUGGAUACUUCAAUACCCGUACAGGAUUUCACAGAGUUUUUUUUUUGUGUGCUUUUUUUUUUUUUUCUUUUCAGAAAACUACUUCAAUUGGUGAAACUGCAAUCGCACAAAAUUGUUUCGCACGGUCUUUCGCAGUGAUGUUUGUUGGUAAACGAGACCUUUUCGCGGUACUCAUGUUUGACACACGUGAAUCGAAGGGGGCUUUCGCUGAAUGCGCGUUGUGAUGACGUCACAUGACACGUCUCGGCCCAAAUCUGCAGAAAGUUCGCGGUAAUUUUGAAAAAUUGCAAGCUCCUCCGAAUAUCACGGAAUUUGCUUGAUUUUGUGUUCAUUUCUGCCAUCGUGAAAUCCUGGAGGGACUGUUUAAUAGGAACACCUUUGCUGCUGUUCAUUCCAGCAGUUAUUGAAUCACGUAAUAAUGGCGCAAUGCAUAGAAUCAUGCCGGUCAAGAGUUUUAGUUAAUGUUCACAUCAAACAUCAGAAUGGAGAAAUUGUGGAAUGUGAUCUCAGAGUUUUCACAGAAUGUCUCUACAGUUUACACAGCAUGGGCUGGAAAAGCUAAAAACAUCCAGCUCUAUGGGCAGAAACGCUUUGUUGGUUAUAGAAGUCAGAGGAGAAUGGCCAGACUUAUUCGAACUGACAGGAACUCUGCGUUAACUCACCACUCUUUACAACCGUGGUGAACAGAAAAGCAUCUCACGACGCACAAUCGAACAUCACCUGGUCUAUUUGUCCAGUUUCAUUUUCAAGAACUGCCACCUCUCUGAUCUCUACACAAAGAAAUACCACUUACUAGAUGUUUUUUUGUGUUCACACCAUUCUGUGUAUACUCUAGAGUCUGUUGUGUGUGAAAAUCCCAGACUCGGACCAGUCCAUCGGGCAGAACCAAGUCACUGAGAUCACAUUUUUCUCUGUACGAACAUUUUUAAUGUAUGAACAUUAACCGAAGCGAUAGGUGUGGUACAUUAAAACGAUAUCAAAUGCUUUUGCGAGGUUUUCAUCUACCAGAGUAAGGACAAUAGAGUUCUGCCAGUGUUUCCAUGGUCGAGCUUGAAGAGUCAUUUCAUUGAAAUUGCAACAGCACACAAAUUAAUUAACUAUUUAAGAUCUUCAUUCAUUCACUGUUCAGACUUGACAGAUGCUUUGGAUAGAAAUACGUGCCGUUGUUUUUUAAUUUUUUUUUUUUUUCAUCAAUUAUUGUUUUUUUAGAUGCUGUUGAUAGUUUUUUUUUUUAGAUGCUUGUUACUUACAUAAUCUGUUUACCGCUGCAUGAGGGCGAUGAUGUGAAAUGAAGGGAAUGAGAAAUGGAUUUUCAAGACUUGCCGUACUACCAUAAUUACUUAGCAUUUCUUACUACAAAAUGUAUCUGUGUAGGACAAUAUAAAUAGCACUGUGUCAGGGUUCAUUGCACAAGUACAUACCGUAUCAUGCUACUCGAACUAAACGACAAAACGUUUUUGCGUGCCAUAAGCACAUUACCACAAGUUUAGAAUGAGACAGUAUUCAGAGGUGCCAAUAUUUCCGGUUUAGCCAUAGUAUUUAUGAUUUUUGACUCUAGAGCAAUGCCGAAGACACUACACGUUUCUGCUUUUUUUUUUUCCUUUUUUUUUUUGAUUAAAGUAGCGUUCAGACCAAACACUAAUAAAAAGCCAAUUCACUGAAGGGGAAAGGACGUGGGACAUCAUUUUUUUUUUUUUACAUUUGCUUCUUUUGCUUAGCUCUGAUUGUAUGUGAGUGAACUUUGACCCAUGAAUUCACAUGCCUCAAGUUUGUGAGCCAACAGAAAACAAAUGGCCCUGACUUUUCCCUUUUCGCUAAGAUUUUCUUGGUACCAGUGUUGGCAUCUCUGCAGUAUGAAUUUAUUACUUCUUACCAUGUGACAGGUUUUCAUUCGACCGGCUUUCUUUUUUGUAACCUUUGUCAAAAUAUGUUUUCACAAGCAUGUAAUUCAUUUGCUUUUAGCCAAAGACUAGUGAAUUAUUAUUUCAAUACGUUUGGACUGUGAUCUGGACCACGACAGUGUGACCGAAAAACACUUUUUGCGACAAGAUAAAAUUUAGUGCCACUAUAUAACACAAUAUAAGCAGGAAUUGAUACUUCUUUAAGAUUUGAAAUGCAGUACAGUUGAUGUACACAGUAAUACAUACAUAUACAUAUAUAUAUAUAUAUAUAUAUAUAUAUAUAUAUAUAUAUAUAUAUAUAUUCAUUACAUAGUAAUAUGUAAUUGUACCCUGAUGAUGCUGUUAUUCACAAGCACUCAAGCUUUUCUAAAAAAUGACGUACUGCUUUAGAGUAACAUAUGAAGGGAAAUAACUAUAGACUUUUAUACAUACUAUUUAACUUAUGUGGACUUGGUAUGCUAAUUAAACGACCGGAACGGUUCUUCAGCAAAGAUCAGAAUGAUGAGUUACUAAUAAGACGAGCGAGUAGUAAAUAGGUUGAACAUAAACUCAUUGAAGUGCCCGUUUAAGGUUUAAGGUUUACACUCAAAUCUGCUUUCAGUAUCUACUUAGGUACUGUGUUAUCUAUCAAAUCCAAUGUAAAUCCUACAUUUCAAAACUAGAAAUGGUCAACUCCAUAGUUCUGAAUUGUGUAUUUAUUCUUAGCAGUAAUUAGAAAUUAGAAGAAAAAAAAAAUCAACAUUUUUCUCUCUACACCUGAAUUUGUGUUACCUGUAUUUUGGAAUUGCUUUGGAUGUAAAUCAAGCACUCCUCUUUGUUUUUGAUCCGUGA